GCUCUCUCUCUCUCUCUCUCUCUCUCUCUCUCUCUCUCUCUCCCCUAAAUAGCUUAUCCCCCUGAUUGAGAAACAUGGCCGAUACUGUCCUAUUGACCGCAAUCCGUCAUGAAACCAUGCCGGAGAGCUACAUCCGACCCGCCAACGAAAGGCCCCGUCUAUCAGAAGUUGUAAUUGAGGAAAUCCCAUUGAUUGAUUUGGGUGGCGAAGAUAGAAGCCAGAUCAUACGUCAAAUUGGUGAAGCUUGCCGGUCAUUUGGUUUCUUUCAGAUUAUCAACCAUGGGAUAUCAGAGGAAUCCAUUCAAAAAAUGAUGGGGAUUGCACGCGAAUUCUUCCAUAUGCCGGUGGAAGAGAAGAUGAAAUAUUACUCCGAUGACCCGUCUAAGAAAGUGCGACUAUCGACGAGUUUUAAUGUGAAGAAGGAGACAGUCCAUAACUGGAGAGAUUAUCUCAGACUCCAUUGCCACCCUCUAGAGGAGUUUGUCCCUGAAUGGCCUUCCACACCCUCAUCUUUCAAGGAUUUGGUGAGUACAUACUGCAAAGAAGUCCGAGAACUCGGAUUCCGAUUGUUGGAAGCUGUAUCAGAAAGUCUGAAUUUGGAAAAGGAUUACAUGUUAAAGGUGCUGGGUGAUCAAGGCCAGCACAUGGCUGUAAACUUCUACCCGCCAUGCCCGGAACCAGAGCUGACCUAUGGAUUGCCGGGCCAUACAGACCCGAACACCAUUACAAUCCUUCUCCAGGACCAACAAGUGGCAGGCUUACAAGUGUUCAAAGAGGGCAAGUGGAUCGCCGUCAAUCCACAUCCAAAUGCGCUUGUCGUAAACAUCGGUGACCAAAUACAGGCGCUGAGCAAUGGCCAGUAUAAAAGCGUGUGGCAUCGAGCCAUCGUCAACUCCAAUAAGGAAAGGAUCUCAGUCGCAUCAUUCCUGUGUCCGGGCAAUGGCGCAGUUAUCGGGCCACCAAAGCAGCUCACUGACGGAUCUCCCGCUAUAUAUAGGAAUUUUACAUAUGAUGAGUAUUACAAGAAAUUUUGGAGCAGGAACUUGGAUGAAGAACAUUGCCUGGAGCUUUUUAAGAGAUGAAGCUUACAUGAGAGGUGUUGUAUGAUGCUGGGUGCCAAGAUUCCACUGUUCGGGUUGUCUGCUUUUAGAAGUGGGGCCCAUGGCUCAGUGAUCCUAACCACUGAUAUGAUCGCCUUCACGACCCUUUGUCACCAAAAAUCCCCCACAUCCAAAGAUCCUCACAUUCCUCUGUGAAGUUGUGGCCCACCUACUGAAGUAUGAGGAUUUUUCCAUGUGGGAGAUUUCUGGAUUCAUGGGCCAUUCACAAGGGGAUUAUAAUAUCAGGGGCUGUUUGGGUCUCAUUUUAGUUAACUGUAACUAUAAUUUACUAAAAUGAGAUGAACUCAUUUUGAAAUGGCACCCAAACAGACCCUCAGAUGGUUUGAAAUACCGAUCCAUGGGCCCCACUUUUACAAAGAACUGGACUAUGUAUGCUUACAAAGGUGUGCCUGCUGCUAACAAAGCGCCUCAUGGAGGGAACUGAUCAUGUGAUCAAACCCGUCCAUCAGGUGCUCUGCCUCUUCACUGAAACCUAAUAAUCAGGCCAUUCCAAAAAUCAGGUUGGCCCCUGUAGGGAAUACUUGCGAUGGGGACACCCACCAUUAGUUGUGAGGCCUACAGUCGAUUUUAUAAUCCAUUCAAUCCAUUCAUCCUACAUGCCAAACCAGGAUGAAGGGAUUCUCAAAAAAAAUCAAAGCUAUUCAAAAACUCAAGCAGUAGAGGCCACCUGAAUUUAGAUGCCUUAAUCAUGAUUUAACAUUGUUCCCUACGGCUUGGCCCAUAUGAGUUUUGGAUCGGCCUGAUCGAUGCCAAACACUUUAGCACACCUGAUGGAUGGAGUGGAUCACAUAAACAUGAAAUCAUUACCCCCACUUUGGUGGUAUGCAUGCCCCAUAUAUCUACGCGAGUUAAGCUAGUAUUUUCAUUUUGCAUACUAAAAACCCGUAUCGUCGUUUGAACUGUCUGCCCGGCAUUGUAUGAUUACCUGUCUUCAUGAACUUUGUGUGCUGUUUAGCCUUUUCUAGUUUGGUUUUUGUUUUUGUUUUUGUUUUUGUUUUUGUUUUUGUUUUUUCUUCUCCCUUUCUUCAACUUAAGAUUGGUAGUAAAAUAAGAAAAGAAUGUCUAAAUCCUAUGUAGUAAUUGCAGUGAAAAUAAUCUAGAUGAAUGUUAAAUUUUGGUAUUGUUAAAUGAAAGUCUUUGUGGCA